CAGAAUGUUUGCUCGGUACACUGAAAACAGAGCAAAAGCUCCCUGAUCACACCGAUACUCUUAUGCCCAUCAUCACAUAUGUUCUAAUUGUAAAUAGACGUGUUCUAAUUCUAAAUCUAAUUGUCCUAUCGAGCUGGUUUCAACAUGCACAGAGAACAGGCCAAAUUCGGCGUGAAAUUAAAAUAGGUGUAUAUAAGGCUUAUAACAUUUAUCCAGUAGCACAGACCCCUUACUGUCUCUAUGGCACAGAAGUCUGUCAAAUCGUGUCAAAUAGAGAGUAAUAAUGACUGAACGACAGGUGCUUGUUGAUGUAGUGACAAACGCAGGCCUCCCUGCCGAAAGUUGGCACUGUUUCAUUUUUAACGUUGGAAAACAGUGGACGUGAAAUUAGAAUACCAGAGGAAGACUCGCUUCCUCUGCAUGUUGUUUAUCAUCAUUCCCCUAAUUUCAAGUUAAGUAAAAUGCCACUUAAAAUCAAAACACGAUUUCAGACUAUUUUCUCAGUGUGUUUAUAACUGCGCUGAAAGUGUUACAGCAAGCUCAUAGUUAACCCUUUCCGUGGUUAAUCUCUGCGCCAUUGCUCUGCGAGCUCGUGGUAUGUUUACGGAGAAGGCGCGCGCGAAAACCUUGGAACCCAAGAGCCCGAGGAAGGAAGGGGGUUCAGAACAUUAAUUUUCCGCACUUAGAAAUGGAAGAACAGAAGGAGAACAUCCACCAUCAACCUGAAAAUAAGAAUCCAGCUGAAUCUGGCGUCCGUGACAUCUCCCUUAUGAAAACUGGUUGCCCUCCGGGUGGCAGUACGGUGGAUCCGGUGCCAGCUAUAUCACCUUCGCACGGGGAGUUCAGCGACCCCGUGUACAAAGAGAUCGCUCUGGCCAACGGGCACAUCAACCGCAUGAGCCGGGACGAGCUCCGUGCCAAGCUGUACGAGCUGAAGCUGGACACGAGAGGUGUGAAAGACGUUCUGAAGAAACGUUUGAAGAGCUACUACAAGAAGCAAAAAUUGACGCUCUCGACAGCAGAGGCAGAGAAGACCGGCACGUUCUACGACUUCAUCUGUGUGGUCGACUUUGAGGCCACUUGUGAAGAGAGCAACCCUCUGGACUUCGAGCACGAGAUCAUCGAGUUCCCCAUCGUCCUCAUCGACACACACACACUGGAGAUUGUCGACACCUUUCAGGAGUAUGUGAGGCCAGAGGUCAACCCCAAGCUGUCGGAUUUCUGCGUUCAGUUAACCGGGAUCACACAGAAAAUGGUGGAUGACGCAGACACCUUUCCCUCGGUGCUCCGGCGAGUGGUCAGUUGGCUGCAGGACAAAGAGCUCGGCACCAAAUACAGAUACACACUACUGACAGAUGGGUCUUGGGACAUGAGCAAGUUCCUCAACAUUCAGUGCAGAAUUAGUGGACUCCGAUAUCCACCCUUUGCCAGGAAGUGGAUCAAUAUCAGAAAAUCCUAUGGGAACUUUUACAAGGUUCCUCGUACCAAUACCAAGCUGAGCAGCAUGCUGGAGAAGCUAGGGUUGCAGUACGAGGGGCGGCCCCACUGUGGUCUGGACGACGCGCGCAACAUUGCACGCAUCGCCCUGCGCAUGCUGCAGGAUGGCUGCCAGCUGCGUGUCAACGAGCACUUGCACGAAGGCCAGCUCCAGGGUGUGCCCAGCUCUGCUCCGCCUGAGGGUGCGCCACCCCCACACAACCCCAAGGGCCGACACUAGACCCGCCAGGACAGGACAGGGCCUCGGAGAGAUCCUCACUCAGAGAUCACGGAGUCACUGCCAUUACAGGGUUCUCAUUGUGAUGUCAUAGAAUUAGAAUCCAUUACGAUUUGUCAGCACAUCAAUUGUGACAUCACAGUCACUUCUCUAGUGCACAGAUUGUGAGCUCACAAAAAUGGAAUCCAUUAUUUUCCCUAUUGUACUGAUUGUGACAUCAAAGAAAUAAAAUCCCACUACUGAGAAAAUGAAGUAGGAGAAUAAAAUACUUGCAUCUGAGAUGCAGAUGAGGGCUCAGGAUAAUUCACCUGCCCCUCACAGCAUGGACUCAAUCAGGAACAGCUGCUCUCUGCUCUUCCUCUCUAGCACAUGUAUCAAAAUAUCUGUCCCAAUAGAGCUUUCUAUUCCAUCCUUUUCAUCAUCCCUUUCAUGCGGUGCCUUGAAAAAACAUGAGGACUGACAUUCGUGAUGAGUUUCCAGGCAUUCCAAGGGGGCUGCAAUCUUUUGAACUGUGGUCCUACAGUUGUGUACACUUGUGUAUCACAUUUUGUGCUCGUCUGGGCCUGAGCGGUGACCGCUCAGAUUCAUGUCUUCUGUCGUCUUUCUUUGCCAUGACACUCUUAUGUCGAUGGAAAAGAUAAAUAUUGCGAUUCAUAUAAUGUUUUGCACAGAUAAGAUGGAUUACACAAAUGCUUUUCUUUUGAUCUGUCUUGCCUCUUCAAUAAAUACAUUGCCCGUUAA